UUCAUAUGUAGCAAUAUCAGAGCGAUUAUUGAAAAAGUUUCAGAAUGAGGUCCUUUUAGUAAUAAUAAUAUUGAUAAUGAUUAUGAUAAUGAAUAGUUAUUAAAAUGUCAAGUAACAAAAUGAGUACCCGUAAUAAUUAAAUAAACAAGAUGUAUUUAUACGUUGUAAGACAAUUUACUCGUCAUACUUAUAAUACAAUUAUUAAUAUUCAUUUAAAGAUAUACGGCGAGAGAAUGUCACAAUUAAAAUCUGAAAAGAAGAUUCAUACUUGCAGUGAGUGUAACAAACAAAAGGAAGAUAUUAGACGAAAAUAUAAUAGUUCCAAAUGUUGUUGUAGUUGUAAACCAGCAAAAUAUGAUUACAUCGAAGAUGUGGUAUGCAAGGAAACGGAUAUCAAAGAAAAUGAAAUGAAAUUAGUACCGCUUGGAGAAAGUGGAGGAAAGGUAUUAUUAAUUAAACAAAAAGGAGAGCUACAUGCUAUUGGUACAAAAUGUACCCAUUAUGGAGCUUUGCUUCACACAGGAGCAUUAGGAGAUGGAAAAAUAAGAUGUCCAUGGCAUGGUGCCUGUUUUAAUAUUAAAACAGGAGAUAUAGAAGACUAUCCAGGAUUGGAUUCUUUGCCUUGUUAUCAGGUGAAUGUAGAUGAUAGUGGACUUGUACGUGUAAAAGCAAGACGUAAAGACUUGGAACUCAAUAGACGUGUAAAAAAGAUGUGUGAACAAGAUUCUAAUAAUCAAACUACCGUUGUAAUAGUCGGAGGUGGACCCGCAGCGGCAACUUGUGCCGAAAGCUUACGCCAAGAAGAUUUUACAGGAAAUAUUAUUAUGAUUUGUAAAGAAAAUGCAGUUCCUUAUGACAGAGUGAAGGUAUCCAAAGUUUUGGAUUUUGAUGUUGAAAAAGCAGCUUUAAGACCACGAUCAUUUUAUAAUGAUCACAACAUUCAAGUAAAACUGGGCAUAGAGGCCACAGGGCUAAACACAAAUGAAAACAUUGUUCAUUUGAGUAAUAAUGAAAAAUUAACAUAUAAUUAUUUAUUUGUUUGUACUGGAAGUAAGCCCAGGUUACCUGAUACACCUGGUAUUAAUUUAUCCAACAUCUAUGUGUUGAGAAAUUUCACGGAUUCUCAGGCUGUACAUUCCAAGCUGUUACCUGAUAAACAUGUUGUGAUACUUGGAUUAGGCUUCAUUGGUAUGGAAGCUGCUGCUUACUCUAUAGAUAAAUGUGCGUCAGUUACCAUUGUAGGAAGAAGCACAAUACCUUUAGAACCAAUUUUUGGAUCAGAGAUUGGCAACAGAAUCAAACAAGAAUUUGAGAAUAAAGGUGUUAAAUUUAUAUUUAAUAGCAACAUCGAACGAUUUGUUGCGAAAGAGAAAGCAGCAGAUACUGUAGGUACAGCGAUACUUACCGAUGGCACUGCCCUUCCUGCCGAUGUAGUCAUCAUUGGAAUUGGUUCUACAUUUUAUACAGAUUGGAUAAAAGAAUCCCCUGUUGAAAUGUUACAAGAUGGAAGCAUAAAAGUAGAUAAGUACUUAAAAACAAACGUGGAAAACAUAUACGCUGGUGGUGACAUAGCGAAUGCACCAUUAUUUGGUUCGGAUGAUUAUUUAGCAGCAAUAGGUCAUUAUUCAUUGGCACAUUAUCAUGGAAAAAUAGCAGCAUUAAAUAUAUGUGGUAAAAAUACAGCAUUAAAUGCCAUACCAUUUUUCUGGACAACGCUUUUCGGGCGAAGUUAUAGAUACGCAGGAUAUGGAAAGCCAGAUAAAAUCAAAAUUUAUGGUUCUCUGGAGAAUUUGGAAUUUUUUGCAUAUUACAUUAAGGAUAAUAAGAUUAUCGCAAUGAGUAGUACUGGAGCAGAUCCUAUUGUAGCAUAUUAUGCAAAUUUGCUUCAUGAAGGAAAGUCGUUGACGGAAGGUGAAAUUAUGAAAAAUCCACUUAGUUGGAUCAAAAACAAACCAAAAGAUCUGUUAAAUCGUUUUCAAAUUGAAUCUACAACAAGUCUACAAGUUGAAAGUGUUUAAGGAAACAAAGCAUUUAUCAGUCUCGGCUUUAUUAUUUUGAUAUUACAAUUAUAUUUUUAUUAUAUUUUCAUAUAACUUCACAUGUGCAAUAAAUAAAAAAAAUGUCUGCUA